AUGAAAGUAUUAGUUUGUUUGGCUUUGUCUCUUUGCGCACUAUCCUUUGCAGCAGAAAAACUUCGUCUCACAAGAGAGCAGUUGAAAGAAUAUGAUGGUACCAAUGGAAAGACUUAUUUAGCAUGCGGCGGGAUAAUAUUUGAUGUUUCUGAAUCGCCAAGCUAUGCCAAAGGAGGAGGAUAUAGCAUGUUUGCAGGAAGAGAUGCCUCAGUGUCUUUGGCCAAAAUGAGCUUUGAUAAAAAACUACUUGAUAUGACAGUAGAAGAGGCAGAGCUAACUGAAGGGCAAAAAGAAUCAAUUGAAGGAUGGGUUGAAUUCUAUACAGAAAAAUACCCAAUUGUUGGGGAGUUAGUCACAUCUCAACAUAGAGAGGAUAUCUAA